AUGAACUCCUCCACCCGUCAGGACAGCCUGCGUGACGCGUUCACAAAGAACUUCAUCUCUUUUUCUCUCGGCUGCUUCAUCAACGUCGUCAACGGAGCUUUUGUCUACAUCUACUUUAAGAACCAGGUCUUCCAGCGAGACCCCAGGUACGUGCUGUACAUCCAUCUGGUGAUCAACGACAUGAUCCUGCUGACGGUCUCUGUGGCGCUGCAGAUCGUCACCUACACCGUUCCUCUGAGAGUCGCCGCCUGCUGCAUCAUGCUGCUCAUCCUCACCACCACCAACAAGAUCAGCCCUCUGAACUUGGCCGCCAUGGCAGUGGAGCGUUACAUUGCAGUUUGCCGACCUCUUCAUCACGCACAGAUCUGCACUGUGCAGCGAGCCUACGCUCUCAUCGCUCUGAUCUGGGGCGUCUCCGUCACCCCCUUCUUCACAGAUCUCUUCAUCCUCCUCGCCACCCAGCCUCCUUCUUUCUUCUCAGGGACCAUCAUCUGUUACCCGUCCUACGUGUUCAGCACACCGUACCACAAGACACACAGUGUGGUAGUCCAGGUGCUUCUGUUUUCCUUUGUCUUCCUGACUCUGAUCAUCACCUACCUGAAGAUCUUCUGUGCCGCCCGGGCAGCUUCUGGUUCUAACCAGGUCUCGGCCAGAAACGCCCGCAACACCAUCCUGCUGCACGGAGUCCAGCUCCUCAUCUGCAUGCUGUCUUACAUCUCUCCCUUCAUCAACAUCAUUUUAGUCGCCAUUUCUCCCCGUGACAGAACCAAGAUCCUCUUGGGCAGCUUCCUGUUAACCAGUAUGCUUCCACGUCUGCUCAGUCCGCUCAUCUACGGCGUCAGAGACAAGAAGUUCAGCAGCCACAUCAGGCUGCACUUCUGCAGGAAAUGCCACAGCUCUGUAGAAAAGAGGGUGAACCGGACAGGAGCCCGGAGACGGUCCAAACGGGAGUUUCACUGAACUACAAGACUGUACCUGUGAUUCUCUGAAACACCAGCCACCACACAAGUUGAAGUGAAGUGAAAGGAACUUUUGUCAGACACAAACCUGCUCUGAUGCUUUCAGGCCCAGAUGUUACUUUAAAGAGGGUAAAAGCAACGCUUGAUAAAAGUUACUCACCAUGAUAGUUUUUAUAAACUGCAGUAGCACGAUGUAAAGCAGCUUU